AUGAAACGGUUAGACGAAAUGUAUUCUGGAAAGCCUGUGCCGAAAACGACUGGGAAAGAAACACCUACAACGUCAACAUCAGGACGAGUUAUUGCUAAGGCAAAGCGUCGAAUCGAAGGAAGCGCGAACCGUGAUGAAUUGAAUAAUUCGGUAAAGGUUUCCACGCCGUCUGGUGCUCCUCCACGUUUUAGUCUCGGGGAUGUUUCUGUCAUAAAGCCGAAUUUGGACGUUACCCUUACUGUUCCAACACCAAAGGCAACAGAGCAGUCAGCAGCAAGUGAAGGUACCGGUAGUGGCGGCGGUGGCGGCCGUAAGCGAGCUAUUCGUGGAGGAGGUCCAGCUGGAGGAGCAGAGACGGUCGUAUUCCGCGGGAGUGAUGCACCU